CAGCAAACUAUGUAAAGACCUCAAAUACGCGCCACACAAGCAUCAGCAGAGAAACAGUUCAGCUUCAAAUUCGUCGCAAUGGAAGUUGGCAUUAUUGGCUCAGGCAUUAUUGGCCUUUUGUCGGCUUUGACCCUCACCGAUGCGGGCUACAAAGUGACGAUUGUUGCGCGCGAUCUACCUGGAGAUGAGAGCCAAGAUUGGGCGAGUCCUUGGGCUGGUGUUUCGAUCUUUCCUCAUCCAGACGUUGGUGGUCAGUCGCUCCAAGCGGAGAAUUUCAAGUACUUCUGGGCUUUGGCGCACAGAGAUCCCACGGCUGGUGUUCAAGUCUUGAAAGCGACAGAAUAUUACGACGACCGAGACGAUGAUUCGAGUAUCUGGUAUAAAACCCUCGUGCCGCGCUAUCGCCGAAUCCCCAAAGAGAAACUCCCCGAGGGAGCCAAAAUGGGAUUCACAUAUACCUCCAUGACGAUCAACCCGGCCUUUCUGCUGCCGUGGAUAAAGAAGCAGCUGGAGGCCCGGGGAGUUAAAUUCCACCGAAAGACGGUGGGCUCAAUUGAAGAGGUGAAGAAAAUGACUGGAUGUCGAAUCAUUGUACACGCAUCGGGGCUGGGGGCAUACGCCCUUGCCGGGGACAAGAAUGUCGAGGCGAUCCGGGGACAGACCAUGUUCGUUGAGACGGACUUUGACGAGUUGAAGAUGCACCAAGGUUCUCACUACACAUAUGUGAUUCCGCGAAUGUUCACCAACGGGGCGAUUGUCGGGGGUGUGACCCAGCCGGGCAAUCUGGAUCGCAGCGUGGAUACGAGAUUACGGUCAGAUAUUCUACAACGAGUGAAGGCUCUUACAAAAGGGGAUCUUGAUGAAGUCAGCCUGGAAAAGAGCGUGCAAAAGGACAUUGUGGCGUUCCGACCGGGACGAAAGGGGGGAUAUCGGCUGGAGAUCGAGGGGAAUACGGUGCACGCGUAUGGGUUCGCGGGUCUGGGGUAUAUUUUCAGCUACGGAGUGGCAUUGAAGGUGCGAGAGUUGGUGGACUCGGUGGCAGCGAGAGACCGAGUGGCAAGAAGCCAUCUGUGAUGCAUCCUAGACGAUUGAACUAAAUGUGCUGCUAUCUGAAUUGCCACGUAGAUCUCAGCUGCCAUAUCUUGCUGGGCUGACUUGCCCUGUGAACUCCGUCUGAUAAUGGCCAAGACUAGCGCGGAAACACUUGCCUGUCCAGCAUUCAGGAACCAAAUGCCGGCAAGGAGUAUCAGGGGCUACAGUUAAGUAAGACUCAGUUAGUUGCCUGUCAGCAC